GAACUGCUCACUCCAGGGGGAGACGGCGAGGGUGGGGGUACAUGAGAGGAGCCCUCCAGUCCUCAGGCCUAUAGUAGCCCUCGCCGCUCGCCGGGUGCUUUGCCCGGCCCGGGGAGGGCGCGGGAAGGCGGCGCCCGGGUCGGGCCGGUCGGCGCCCACCAGCCUCUGGGGUCCUCCAAGAUCUAGCUCCUGGCGGCCCCGCUGCAGGGGUAGCUGGCCGGGCUGGAGGGAGCUAGAGGGGAAAGCGGCAGAGGCCCGGCCGCCGGGGGGCGCGGGGCGGGCAGGGGGCGGAGCCGGGAGCCCCCGGGCGGGCCCAGUGCCUCCGGUUCCUUCCCCGAGUCGCGGCGGCUGCAGCGCCUACGGGGAGACGCCAUGGAGGGGAGCCCCAUCCCGGUGCUCACGGUGCCCACGGCGCCCUACGAGGACCAGCGGCCGGCGGGCGGUGGGGGCCUGCGGCGGCCCACCGGGCUGUUCGAAGGGCAGCGCAACUACCUGCCCAAUUUCAUCCAGAGCGUGCUGUCGUCCAUUGACCUGCGCGACCGGCAGGGCUGCACCAUGGUGGUGGGCAGCGACGGCAGGUACUUCAGCAGGACGGCCACCGAGAUCGUGGUGCAGAUGGCCGCGGCCAACGGGAUUGGACGACUGAUUAUCGGACAGAAUGGCAUCUUAUCGACACCUGCUGUUUCCUGCAUUAUCAGAAAGAUCAAGGCAGCUGGUGGAAUCAUCUUAACAGCCAGUCACUGCCCUGGAGGACCAGGGGGAGAGUUUGGAGUCAAGUUUAAUGUUGCCAAUGGUGGCCCUGCGCCAGAUGUUGUCUCAGACAAAAUUUAUCAGAUCAGCAAAACAAUUGAGGAAUAUGCCAUAUGCCCUGAUCUUCGAAUUGACCUGUCUCGACUAGGAAGACAAGAAUUUGACCUGGAGAACAAAUUCAAACCAUUCAGAGUGGAGAUAGUGGAUCCAGUGGACAUCUAUCUCAACCUCCUUCGUACCAUCUUUGACUUUAAUGCCAUCAGGAGUUUGCUGGCUGGGCCUGGCCAACUGAAGAUUCGAGUUGAUGCAAUGCAUGGUGUGAUGGGUCCUUAUGUGAGGAAAAUCUUGUGCGAUGAACUGGGUGCCCCAGCCAAUUCUGCAAUAAACUGCGUUCCCCUGGAAGAUUUUGGAGGGCAGCAUCCUGACCCAAACCUGACCUAUGCAACGACGCUUCUGGAAGCUAUGAAAGGAGGGGAAUAUGGGUUUGGAGCUGCUUUUGAUGCUGAUGGGGACCGCUAUAUGAUCCUAGGCCAAAAUGGCUUCUUUGUGAGCCCUUCGGACUCCCUGGCCAUUAUUGCUGCCAACCUCCCUUGCAUUCCGUAUUUUCGCCAGAUGGGUGUCCGUGGGUUUGGGAGAAGUAUGCCCACCAGCACAGCCCUGGACAGAGUGGCCAAAGCAAUGAAGGUCCCUGUCUACGAGACCCCAGCUGGGUGGAGAUUCUUCUCAAAUCUGAUGGACUCAGGGCGGUGUUCUCUGUGUGGGGAAGAGAGCUUCGGCACAGGCUCUGAUCACCUCCGAGAGAAAGAUGGCCUCUGGGCUGUCCUGGUCUGGCUCUCUAUUAUCGCUGCCCGGAAGCAGAGUGUAGAGGAGAUUGUCCGAGAUCACUGGGCCAAAUUUGGCCGCCAUUACUAUUGCAGGUUUGACUAUGAGGGACUAGAGCCCAAGACAACAUACUACAUCAUGAGAGACCUGGAGGCCCUGGUCACAGACAAGUCUUUCAUUGGCCAGCAGUUUGCAGUGGGAAGCCAUGUCUACACUGUCACAAAGACAGACAGCUUUGAAUAUGUGGAUCCUGUGGACGGCACUGUGACCAAGAAACAGGGCCUGAGGAUCAUUUUCUCCGAUGCCUCAAGGCUCAUCUUCCGGCUCAGUUCCUCCAGUGGUAUGAGGACCACCAUCAGACUGUAUGCGGAGAGCUACGAGAGGGACCCCAGCAGGCAUGAUCAGGAGCCCCAGGCAGUGCUGAGUCCUCUCAUAGCCAUCGCACUGAAACUAUCCCAGAUUCAUGAGAGAACCGGCCGGAGGGGUCCCACUGUCAUCACUUGAACGGAGGGAAGAUCACUCUCCACGGACAAAAGAAAGCGUUCGAAGGAGACAUUUCACCUACGCCUUCUUGCUACCUGUUUGUGCCUCUUACAACUUUUGGGGGGGUGGGGGGAGAAGAUAAUUGGCUGGUGGGGUGGGGGAGGGGGCAGUUGGGAAAAGAAAAAAAAGGAUCUGUUUCUUUCGGGUUUGGUUCAGUUCCUCCCAAUGCCACAGGCUUUGCAGUGAUUUGUUAAAGCUGUGCUAUUAUUUGGCAUCUGUAUUUUUUAUCACACAAAAGAACCUCAUGUUUCUGAAAGGAAGUGGGUUAAGAUACCGAGCUGGGGCACCUUUGCAUUACUGGCAGCAGGUGAGAAAUAAAGAAGGGAAGGUCUUGUUAGAGUGCAGCUGACUCUAAACUGCAGGUGCCUCUAGGCAGAGGCAAGGUGCCCCUCACCUGACAACCGAGGAGGAAAAGCGAAAUGUGCUUUGCUCACGUGGGGGCAAAGCUGUAGGACUCCUAGCAGCCCACCUCAUGCCCACCAGCCACCUUCCCCGCUCCCCAUCUCCAGAGUCCCUGUACCACCCUCCCCUACAUUUUCUCAAGCUUUCUACAAGUCACCAUGGCACACCUUCAAUAAAACACAUCAAAGGGU